CGCGCGCCCCAGAGGCGAUCGCCCGGGCUCGGCCGCAGCAUCCUAGUCGGGGAGCCCCUCGCCGCGGGCCCGGGAACCCCAGGAACCCUGCACACCCAGAGCCUUGCGCUUCCCUCGGCCGUAGAUCUGGGGCGCGAUGGCCCGGCUACGCGUCCUGCUGUGCCUCGGGGCGCUUCUGGCCCGCCAGGGCUCGGCAGACCUGGGUGCUGUGGCCAUCGGCGAAGUCCAUGAGAAUGUUACUCUUCCCUGUGGCAACGUGUCAGGAUCCAGGGGCCUGGUGACCUGGUACCGGAAUGACUCAGAGCCCAUCUUCCUGCUCUCCUCCAACUCCAGCCUCCCUCCGGCUUCGUCUCGCUUCUCCCUCGAGGAUGCAGGUGCCCUGCACGUGGAAGCACUGAGGCUGGAGGAUGAAGGCAACUACACGUGCCAGGAGGUUCUGAAUAAGACCCACUGGUUCCCUGUGUGGCUGCGGGUGGCCACAUGCAUGUCCCCCCCCCUCUGCUCUUUUGCAGGGCCCCCUCCAUCAGCUCCUCAGUGCUCAGUGGGGGUGUCUUCAGACUCCAUCGUCCUGGAACUCGCCUGUAAUUGGGAUGGGGGCUACCCUGAUCCGACCUUCCUGUGGAUGGAAGAACCCGGAGGGAUGGUCGUGGGGAAUUCAAAGCUGCAAGCACUGAGCCCCGCACAGCUGUCGGAGGGCAAGAAGUUCAAGUGCGUUGGGAGCCACAUUGUGGGACCAGAGUCGGGAGGCAGCUGUGUGGUACAGAUCUCGAGCCCCUCACUUGCUUCUCAGCCCAUGAAAACUUGCUUCGUGGGGGGCAACGUGACGCUCACCUGCCAAGUGACAGGCGCCAACCCACCCGCCAGGAUCCAGUGGCUGAGGAACCUCUCGCGACCCGACGCGGUCAUCCAGCCCAGCAGCCACCAUCACAUUACCCAGCACGGCCAGGACUCCUUCCUCACCAUCCACAACUGCUCCCAGGACCUGGACGAGGGCUUCUACUUCUGCCGGGCUGAGAACCUCGUGGGGGUGAGGGCGGUAGACAUCUGGCUGAGCGUGAAAGAACCUCUGAAUGUCGGGGGCAUCGUGGGGACGGUGGUCAGCCUCCUCCUGCUGGGACUGGCCGUUGUCGCCGGGCUCAUACUGUAUUACAGCCCUGUGUUCUGCUGGAAAGCAGGGAGCACUUUCAGGGGGCAGGACAUGGGUGACGUCAUGGUUUUGGUGGAUUCCGAAGGGGAAGAGGAGGAGGAAGAAGACAAGGAAGAUGUUGAAGAGGUAGAGCCGGGGACAGAUGAGAGGGAGGAGUUGCCAAGAGAGACCCACAAGCACGGCCACGUUCACAGAGUGACCGCGCUGGUCAAUGGGAACUUAGACCGCAUGGGGAAUGGACUCCAGGACCUGCGUGAUGACAGUGACGAGCGGCAAAGUGACAUUGUUGAAGAGGAAGACAAGCCAGUUUGAUGAAGACAGUCCACUGUCCACGGGUCUUGCAAGUUCACUUUUGACCGCCCUCUGACCGCUGCCUGGGAGCUCGCGUUGGUGACGGCUAGGCUGUCCCAGCCCGGGCAGCCAUCUCUCCUCCCGGCUUAUUCCACUGAUUUCAUUUGGUGUGGGUUACCUCGGUGGUGUGAACUGCACUGGGAAGGAGUAGCCGGUGCGGGGCAAAGUUACCAGCGGUGUCUGAGGUGACACUUGGCUGUGACACUUGGCUCUACCCAGGUUCAUGUACUGUGACACUGAUUUUUUUUUGGGGGGUGGGGUGGGGGAGGUGAGGGCACCCACUUGGUAUCUGUGCCCUGUGCCACACUAUUCCAGGUUUGCAACCAGCUUGCCCACCACAAAGGGGAACAUGGAGGCGGGCCUUUUCUUUUUUGUUUUUAUCAACAUAGAGGUAAGGAACCAGGCCCCUUCCAGGGAGAGGGGAGGCAGUUGGGUUGGACCUCAGAGUCAGACUCUGAGGCUCCUUUUCUUGUUAUUUUGCCUCUCUUUCCCCAUCUAGAAUAACCACGAAACAGCACCACUUUCCAAGCUCCUGAGAAACAAAGGGGGGAAGUUUAGGGUGUAAAGGUGUCUAGGGGGUGCUCGAAAGAACUACUGUUGGGGGCCUCCUUCGUAGACUGUGUCAGCUCUGACCACCCCAGCCAUUCUUCCCCUAGAAAAGGGACACCCCUUUUCCUUAUAGCUUCUUGGUUUACAGAGCUGCAUGUGGUUCUAAAAGCCCCCUAAAUGAUGGGCCUAAGGUCAGCUUCCGGCUUCUUUCCUUGUAUCUCUUGUGCUGGGUGCAAGGAGGCAAGGGAAACAUUUCCUAACAGAGCAUCUGGCCUGAACUGGACAGACAGUCCACUCGGCCUCAAUUUCUGUGUCUCGGAAAUGGGAAUACAUGUAUUUCCUUCUGACUUAGUAGGGGAAUGUGCUGAUUAAGGACAGUAAGUUGGGGUUGGGGAUUUAGCUUAGUGGUAGGGCGCUUGCCUAGCAAGCGCAAGGCCCUGGGUUCGGUCCUCAGCUCCAGGAGGAGAAGAAAAAAAAGAGGACAGUAAGUUUCGAAAGAAAAUAGUGGGUAAUGAGUUGAGCUUGGGACAGCUAAGUUCUGGGGUUUUUUUUUGUUUUUGUUUUUGUUUUUAAUUUCAUCUAAAUAUUCUGAAGUCAGGGAUCUUCUGAAGGUGCAAUAGGUUGUGUGCUAGCCAUGAAAAUCUGACUUGGAAUUUGCACUCCGUACUUAACGUACAUCCUGCUCAGACAAGACAAGGUCUAGGGCUUUAAGGACACCGUAACACUGGGGCCCACGAGUCCCGAGGAGCUAGUGAGCAGAAAUACCUGCAAAGGGGCAGGAGGGGACUGAACUGAAGGACCCGCUGCCAGUGUGACCGGUCCUGAGCUCCGGGAAGUUCAGCUGGCUGUGAACGUGAGCCCUUGGGAAUAGCAGUGGAGCGCGGUUCUCUUGCCUUGUGGUACCUCAUGCCCUGGGUCACUCCGGUCUGUCAUAUCACAAGGGAUACUCAGGUUGCCUUCAGUCCUGAGAGGCCUCUCCUCUGAGGCCUGAUGACAGAGCUCCUGAGUUGAUCUGUGACUCAGAGACAACUUUGAAAGAGAAGCUAGUCAGAGGGGAAGCCAUAGCUGGGAACAUAGUGAAUGUUUUGUGAGAUCACCGGGUGCUUCCCCCAGCUUCCUCUUCUGCACACACCGGGUAAUAGGAAAUAUUUGAGGGUUUUUCCACUAGCAAAUGGGAGCUUCAGAGGCUUGGUGCCAAAUCCUGUUCUGAAGCCCUGAUCAGUUAUCAUUGUCACUCUUACCAGCCUGUGUGCACAUUUAUAAAAUGGCAGAUCAGUUAAGAGCCCAGGCACUCAAGGGCUUCAUGUUUGGGUUUGUGAAAAACUGGACACCUCACCCUCUUCUCUCCCUUAACACAAGCCACACCCAGAUCGCAAGGCAUAUGGAUGAUGGGUUAGACUCUGUAUGGGGAAGUCCAAUUUGUGCAUUGAUCUUAAAAAAGAAAAAAAUGGUAUCUGCCUGUAUGAGUUAACUCCUGAGAUCCACUUGUCAGAAGCAGGAAGAAAAACACUUCAGGGGUGUUUUAAUCAUACUGAUGUCCCUCAGAAGCCAAUAGACAUACAUGGGAGAGGGGCUCUGCAGUCCCAUGCUUUGGCAUUAGCUCCAUUUCCCACGAUCACAGAAGCACAUGCGUGUCACCCUGGACGGGUACAACUUUGUACAGUAAGUGCCAAUCGAAUUUCUCAACACGGGACUGGCUGCCAGCUGCUGCAGAGGAAGGACUCCAGGUGGCUGUGUGAUUGACCUUACCGUUUGAUAGGGGAAAUUUGGGAGAAAUUAGUCCUAAGGUUAUGAAUUUUUAAGCGAUGUUGGAAUAAAGUUAUUUUUUAACAUACAA